UAUUCUAUUAUGUGUGGUCUGUAUGAUUCUGUAUUGCUGUUCUGCUGAGAUCAUUAUCUGCCAUGUUUACAAUACCAGCAAAAGUUGUUUUUAAAAGGUAGUGGGGAAGUAUAUUAGCGGUGCACUGCAGUCCAUUCCCCAUAGUGUGUAGUGAAAGCGGUGCAACACUGAUAGUCUUCCCCACCUCACUUCUCCACAAUCAGACUUGAGGAUCUUGUUAGGAGCAUUUUCUGCUAGAAUAGUCAAGCAGUAGUCUAAUCAGAACUACCAAUAAAGAAUCGUACAUAGCACAAAUAUACAUAGGGGGGGAACAUAGAUCUCUUUUUAACCUUGUUGCUGAUUUUAACAAAAAAAAAAAAACAUUUUGUUUACAGAAUCGAAAAGAAAUGUGAUGCUCAAAUAGAAACCUAGAGAUUAUCUACAAACACGGCAUGAGUGGUAGACCGGGAAAUUACUAUGGUAGCAAUUCCUCAGUUUAAUGACCUGGGAACAGUUGAAUACAAAUUUCAAUGCACGACAAUUAUCUUAAAAGAAAUUGCAACGUUGUGUAGAAAAUAGAGGACACGAGAUCUAGCCAGGGGGCACGAUGACAAGCACGGGCUGUUAAAGACAAGUGUCUAGAAAGAAAAUCAAUACACCAAUCCCAUCACUCGGAAUUGGGAUGUAAAUAUUUCAACAGGUGAUGUCAGCGCAGUAUAUAUAGUGGAGGUCCGGGCGAGUGUUCCACAGAAUAUCGAAAAGCACAGAAACUCACAUCGAACUUUCUCGGUUGCAAGUGAACUCCACGACGUCCUUCAGCACCAUGGUCAGCAGCCGCACACUCCUGCUCUGCAUCACCUGCUCGGUCCUGUUUGUGCUGGUCUACUGCGAGGAGUCUCUGGAAGUCCGGUCCAUAGACAACUCUAACAAAAGCCAAGAAGAGAAAGAACUGAUUGAAGCGCUGCAAGAAGUUCUGGAAAAGCUGAAAAGCAAGAGACUGCCGUCUGCAGAGAAGAAGCUGGGCUGGGUCCCGUCGUGUGAUGCGGGAGAGCAGUGCGCAGUUCGGAAGGGCUCCAGGAUCGGAAAGUUGUGCAACUGCCCGAGAGGGACAUCCUGCAACUUCUACAUCCUCAAGUGUUUAUAGAGAGAUGGAUUGGGCGGGAGUGUGUGUGUGUGAGAGAGAGUCAGAGAGUGAGGCUGACACACAGCCAGCGGAAGUACCUCUGGCUCGCCUCUCAUCCUCACAGAGAGCGCCAGGAAGACUGUCGUUGAUCCCCAUCCAAAAGCAAUUUUUGUUAUAUUUAUUCUGUACAAAAAAAAAAAAAAUUAAAAAAGAAUAAAAAUUGAAACGCCCGUCUCCUGCCUGUGCUGUUUCACAGGGCAAUGCUGUAUAAUAAAUAUUUGCUUCUGCAUAAAUGCAGCGUCACCACCCCCAUUGUGAUGGUAUAGAAUAAAGGUCCAUACGGAGACCCGGAGCCUGGAUUCGAACCCAUAACGCACACCCAGAAAGCGCUACUCACUGUGUCCGAUAUACAAAACAAACAGCAACACGGGUUCAGUAAUGAAUGGGGUUACGUUGCAUGUUAGUGUAGAGCGAUUAUCACAUCAAUAAAUAAAAUAAUUAUUAAAUUAUUAAAAAUAAAUAAAAUACAAUUGCAUUUAUCUAUUCAUAGUUUCCUUAUUAUUUGACACAACAGUUGAGUGAAGUCCAUGCGAUUGGUAAAAUGCUUUGAACUGUAACAAGCCGGUUAGUGCACAGCAUUUUCUAUAGUGUGUGUGUGUGUGUGUGUGUGUGUGUGUGUGUGUG